AUGAAUGUUCACAUGAUUGCAAUUUACAACUUGUCGGAUGCUAGUCAAAAUCAAGUGCUUCGAGUGGAUCAUGAGGUGAAAGCAAUCGCAAUCGCCCCGGACUACACGAGGUCUCAAGUUAUCGUAUUCGGAUACACGAAGAUUCUCUUGCUGUCCCGGGGCGUAUUUACCCGAAAUAAAAAAGGCGAAUUGGCCAAAGCACACGGUCUGGUUCGCUCAAUUAAGUGGCGAGGGAAUUUCAUUCUUUGGGCCGAUGAUGAGUGCGUUUGUGUGUAUGACGUAUGUGAUCGAAGACCGAUUGCAUACAUGCGCUAUUCAGAACGCGAUAACACCCUAAACAACCGAACAUUGGCCUGCUACUUGAGUUGGUGCAAUGACACUUGUUUUCUCAUUGGUCGGGGUCAUGCAUUACGUGUCUGUCAAAUUGUGGAGCGCUAUACGGAUUCACAAAAAUUUUCCCCACUACGCCGUGCUAGUUCACGCUCAUCCUCAAUACAUUCCCUGGCCAGUGCAAGCGACAACGCUCCGGGUCUCACCAGCCGUUAUGUGGAACUCACCGGUCAUGUGGAGCUACCAAAUCAUCUGGUACGUGGAGUCACACGACAUCAAACGUUCCUUCUCGCACUGGUGACCCCAUAUCAACCUAUUGGGUCAAACCCGACCAACGGUCUACCACUGGAGCUCCAUCUUAUAGAAUUAGAAGAUGACAUUCCCGGCGAAGGGACCGCCACUAACCCCAAAGGUCAUACAGUCACACGAGAAGUCCUCGCGUCGAAAAUUGAAAUUUCUUUCGGGCGAUGUCCUACUCUGGCUUUAGAAUCUGUCCCGGAUGAGAAUACGCACUAUAUUAUCACCCCAAAGGAAGUGACACGAGCAGAAGAGCUAACCACAGAUGAUCGCAUAUCCUGGUUACUAACCCACGAACAGUUUGAUCGUGCGCUCGAGAUUGCACGCGAUCAUCCGCGUUAUCUCAUCAAUCACACAACCGAGGUCAGUGUGUGUGUUAAGCCUUCUUCCCCCCCCCCCGCGUUGUUUAUCAUCUCAUCUAGUGCGUGUGGAUUCAAGUGA